AUGUUCUACUCGGGGAGUCUACAGGGGGGAAUUGUCUUGGCUGUCAGCCAGGCCAAGGCCGUUGUUUGUUUCGUUCGAGAUGAUGAGCAGACGAGCAGUACAUGGGAGGACAACUACUUCACAGGGGAUGAGGAGUUCACCCGGUUACUCGAGACGAGAGCUGUCCUCUUGCGCCUCACCAAAGAUAGUCAGGAAGCGGGCUUUCUGACAUCUUUCUGCCCCAUUGUCAAGUUUCCGACGGUCGUUGUCAUAAAGAAUGGCAUGCUGUGCGACUAUCUCGUGCCGGAGAUAUCCGAUGAGGACUUUCGUAGUCGUCUUGCUGCCAAGCUGAAUGAAACUCAAGCCACUGCUCAACCGGACUCGACUGGGGCGUCUGGAGAUGCUAUGGAGGGUACUGCGAGUCCGCCUACCGUGCCUGUGUCCACAGCUGUUGCGCCGCCAGCUGCUGCGCCUGCAGCUGCACAUGUGACUGCCAUUUCAUCGACUCCAGCAUCUGGUGCGAGUGAGACACGCGACUCGAGUAGGCGCGAGGGCAAGAAGAGAGUGGAGGAUGCGCGAAUAUCCCAAGUCACGACCCCAGCCGCGACACAGAAGAAGCCCACCCUAGCGCCCAAGCAAGCCAACAAGGCCGUCACUCCAGAACAGCCACCCCGCAGAACCCUAUUGAAGCCCGUCGCCUCCACUCCCAAACCUACGCCCCCAUCCCCUCAGACUGAAGCACCGCAAGUCCAUCAACCUCCAUCGCCCCCGGAACAAUACCGUCUCCAAGUCCGCCUCUUUGACGGCAGCUCCGUCCGCUCCAGCUUCUCCCCGUCGCAAACCAUCCGCGCAGACGUCCGUCCCUGGCUUGACACGCAAACGCUAGAGGAGAAACGUCCCUACAACCUCAAGCACAUUCUCACUCCUCUCUCUAACCGCACCCUGACGAUCGCCGAGGAAGAGCAAAGCCUGGCAGAGCUCGGUCUAGGCUCAUCCGCGAAUCUUGUCAUGGUGCCCAUCAGCACAUACACAGACGCUUACUCCGCAGCAGGAUCCAGCCUUCCCAUCCGCGCUGUGUCCUCCGCGUACGGACUCUUCUCCUCCGCGGUAGGCACCGCCACGGGAUUGGUCGGUUCAUUCUUGGGGUAUGGAUCGACGGCUCGGGAUCCGAGCUCUGCUCAGACGGGAUCACCCUCUACCAGUACCUCCUCGACGAGUGAUGCGGACCGAAGGGCUCGGCCUGCUGGCGCCUCGAACCGAGGCCCGAUUAUUCGGACGCUGAGAGACCAACGUGGUGAGCAGGAGAAUAACCAGUUCUAUAACGGGAACCAGUUGAACUUCCAACCACGCAGGGAUGAUACGGAUCGUCGAUGA